AUGGACGCUGAAUCAACAGAAGGUAACCCUAUUGGAAAGUCAACGUGCUUGUUCGAGCAUCUUCCGGAAGCACUUCCAGUGUUGCGUGAUUACGAGAUCCAGCAAAAAUUGCUUCAAUGGAAUUUGAUCGAUUCAUUACAUUUACAUCGUUUUCUUGUGCACCGUCGAAUGCCUAUCGAAGCUGAUGAAGCGCUUCUAUCAGAAUUCUUUCAGGAUAAAAACACUCGUCGCAUUCUGCCGAAAAUUUCAGCACACCUCGGGAGCUACAAUGACAUCACAGAUCCAUCGAAGUCAGAUAAAGCUUUCUCGCUGCACUUUGAACGAUUGCGCGUCAGUGUAACGAGUAUGGCUUUUUUCGAAAAGCUUGAAUUGAUGGGUAUUGUGGCUCGUGAUGGUAGUAUACGCGGCUGUAUGGAUGAAGAUUUUGACGGUUGUAGAUCUGAGGAUUUGCUCACCGAGAUGCUGUCAAAUCCAGACUCGGACAAUCGCAACGUGUUCUCGAUGGAAGAUCAACAAGAAUUUAUAUUUCACCUCUUUUCUGCACUCGUAAUCGGCGGUGGGGCAUUGCGUCAAGCAGACUCACGAGUCCAAGCCUAUGAAGACGUCACACGAGCGCUAUAUCGUGCCCUUGUGUCCGUCAGAAAGACCAAAGUCGAUGCUCAUAAUAAUCAAGAUAUUGAAAUCACUUCGCGCGUAUAUCGCGUACAUGGUGCUUCGCUUUUUGAAGAUCCUUCCUCACGUUUCCACUCGUGUUUUGUGAUUCUAGAUGCUCGUAAACGCAGACUCACAGUCUGGUACAGCCCGUUUCGAGCAUCUUGGUAG